AUGGAGCAAAAAGGAGAGAGGAAGAACGACAUGGAUUGGGUUUUGUCUCUCGUCAUCAUCACCAUUUCCCUGGCUCUCCCUUUACAUGUGAGUUGCAGCGAUGUCUACAGCAGGAGCGAUUUCCCUGAGGGCUUCGCUUUCGGCUCUGGUACUUCUGCUUAUCAGUGGGAAGGGGCUGCUGCUGAAGACGGGAGAAAGCCGAGCGUCUGGGAUACUUUCGUCCACUCUCGUAACUUAGAUAACGGAGACAUAACAUGUGAUGGUUAUCACAAGUACAAGGAAGAUGUGCAGCUCAUGGUGGAAACUGGCUUGGAUGCUUUCAAAUUCUCCAUCUCUUGGUCCAGGCUUAUACCAAAUGGAAGAGGUCCUGUUAACCCAAAGGGUCUCCAGUUUUACAAAAACUUCAUCCAAGAGCUUGUAACACACGGAAUUGAACCACAUGCUACACUCUUCCACUACGAUCUACCUCAAGCUCUCGAGGAUGACUAUGGAGGCUGGCUAAACCGCACUAUCAUUGAAGACUUCACUGCUUAUGCAGACGUCUGCUUCAGAGAGUUUGGGAGUCACGUCAAAUUCUGGACCACCAUCAACGAGGCUAAUAUAUUCACCAUUGGAGGUUACAACGAUGGGAUAACUGGGCCUGGUCGUUGUUCCAGAAAAUGCUCGUCAGGGAACUCUUCAACUGAACCAUAUAUUGUAGGCCAUAACUUGCUUCUUGCACACGCCUCUGCUUCAAGAUUGUAUCGACAAAAGUACAAGGAUAUGCAAGGAGGUUCCGUUGGCUUAAGCUUGUAUGCAAUAGGGUUUUCUCCUUCAACAAGCUCCAAGGAUGAUGAAAUGGCAGCUCAAAGAGCCAGAGAUUUCGACUUGGGCUGGAUGCUUGCGCCUCUUACAUUGGGAGACUAUCCAUAUGUAAUGAGAAGAAGCAUUGGAUCAAGACUGCCAGAUUUCUCAGAGGAAGAAUCAGAGCUAGUUAAAGGCUCCUCUGACUUUAUAGGAAUCAUUCACUAUCUUGCAGCUAUUGUCACAAACACCAAACCUUAUUUUCCAGGAUACUCAGACUACUACUAUGACACUGGCGUAACUUCGUCAUACACUUGUAAUAUUACAACUUCUCAAUGUUCUGUUACUCCAUGGGCUUUAGAAGGUGUUCUGGAGUAUAUAAAGCAGAGCUAUGGCAACCCUCCUGUCUACAUUCUUGAGAAUGGUAAAACGAUUAAGGGGGAUUUUCAGCUGCAACUAAAGGAUACACCAAGGAUUGAGUACUUACAUGUUUACAUGGGUGCUGUGCUCAGUGCCGUUAGGAAUGGGUCUGACACGAGGGGAUACUUUGUAUGGUCACUGAUGGAUGUAUAUGAGUUACUUGGCGGAUACGGUAAAAGCUACGGAUUGUACUAUGUUAAUUUCAGUGAUGCUCAUCUCACGAGAUCUCCAAAACUCUCUGCUCAUUGGUACUCUGCUUUUAUCAAGGGUGACGCCACCUUUCUUGGUUCUCAAGGCAUCUCGCAAUUGCAAAGCAACUUCUCUUCUUCCUCUUUGUAAUCUUUAUGUGCUUAUAUUUGCUUACUGAGUUGGGCAUAUACGCAUAUUAAGAAAUUAA